AUGGACGUCCCUCGCGGCUCCAGACGAACCCGCCAUGCAGCCUCAGUCGCCUCAAGCCAAGAGGCCCAGCUCCAAGCCCAGGCCCAGCUGGAGCUCGAGGCGGCAACGCAUCACCGCCGAAGCCAUCCGCGCAGACAGGCCGUGCAGGUCCAGGUAACGCCUGAUGCGGCCCUGGCUGUGGCAGCUGGCGCUCACCAGACGCCGGAGAGCAGCAACAACGGCAACCAGAGCAACCAGAGCAAUCACAGCAAUCACGGGAGGAGGCGCGAGAUGGAGCCACCACCUAAUCCAUUCCGACUGCAUAGAUUUUCACCUCCCUACAACAGACCAAGUGGAAGCAAUCGCCGCCCCCUACAGCCGCUUUCCAUCUCCUCUACUGGCGCCAUUCUCAAUCGCAGAGAGUCGGUCCUCAGACCGUUUCCCUCUCCAGAUAAAGAGAAUUGUGAUGCCACGGUGCAGGCCAUUUCCCAUCGAGUGGCUCACCAAACCAGAGAGAUUAAACGGCUGUCGCUCUUGCAAUCGCUCUUGUGUUCAUCCCAGCAGAAAAAGCGUCGCCGCAAACAGCUUCGACAGCGCAGUGGAAUUCGUCAAUCUAGCACCGCUAACAUGGGUCCAGCUACUCGCAGAAGUGCCACCAAUCGCCUAAGCCUGCAAUUUGACAGCGAUGGCUCUGGCGAUGGCGAUGGCACCGGCUCCGACUCGGAGGCAGAUCUCAGUCAUUUGGGAAUGACAAGGCGAGGCAUGACAGCGGUCCUGGAACAGCAGGCGGAUCAGAUGACCUACGAUGAUGAUGAUGCCAUGUCUCAGGGCCAGUACGACGAUGAAGAGGCGAGCUUGGGCGAGAAUGAGGACAUUGAUGAAAACGCCGCGGACAACUGUGACGAUCAGGUUGAAGAAGUGCAGGAGGAAGAGCCAUUGACAAUAAUAGACCCCGCUGUCUUUGGCCUCAAGGAGAUUUCAAACUUGGGAAAGUUUACAGUGAGCAGCCAUAAGCCAGGCAAUGGAGUUGAACAGCUUCGAAGUGACGAAUUGACGUCAUACUGGCAAUCAGAUGGCCCACAGCCUCACAAGCUCACCAUCUACUUUGUCAAACGAGUGGGUAUCCGAGACAUUCGCUUCUACGUCGACUAUAAUGAGGAUGAAUCCUACACUCCUACGAAAAUCAUUUUCAAAUCGGGUACGAGCGAGAACAACCUUAUUCAGUUCGCUGCCAUGAACAUGGAAAGUCCUGUGGGCUGGCAACAAGUACCACUUGCAGGGGUUGGUGGCGAACCCGAUGGCAACACCCUUGUGUCUUGGGUGUUGCAAAUGCAGAUACUUGAGAAUCAUCAAAACGGCAAAGACACUCAUCUUCGCGGCAUAAAGAUUUACGCCUUUGACGCUGAUGCGGUGCAGCCCAGCGAGCCGGAUAGCUCAGUCGAUACGAGCGGUCUCACCGAAAAUCAAGCUGCUGCUAGACUAGAGGACAUCGCCCAAACAUUGGCCGCAGCAAGACUCGAGAGUAGUGAGACGGGGUUCUCACUUCCUGAUUUCAUGCGAGAUGCGGAGAUUCGAUAA